AUGAUCAAGCCACAUGGCAUCGAUCCACAAAAAUCUUCCGUUGCGGAUUUCUUGCCGGUCACCAUCACUAUAGUAGAUAUUACCACUGGAAGCGAUGGCAGUUCCUCCGUACUUACCGAAGAAACCACACCCAAACUGCUCAUGGCCUUCCGAAUCGGACUUGGUGUUUGGGGGAUCGUAGUCGAGGUGACUCUGCAGGCUGAGCCUUUGACCUUUCUGAAGCGUACUACUAAGGUCGUGGAAGUACCCGAUGAUUCAACUGUGAUCUUGAUCCUCAAACUCAACUGCCAUUGGUUUACUGGGAGGAAACCGACUACAAAGGAGCAACAAACUGCUCAGUGGACUUCUGUACCAAAGAUUGUGGUCGCUGUGAUCGUGAUUUUAUACUAUGACCACAAGAACUAUGCCAUUGCUACCCCUCCGUCUGGAAUCUGUUAUCGCGCAUUUAUGGGCCAAUUCGAGCGUUUCUUCCCGAUGGAGAACCUGGCUGAGGCUGGCAAAGACUAUUUCAACUAUGCUCAGUCCCAAGCUGAUCGUAUGAAGCCUUACCAUACUGUGGAUCCUGUAAACGAUGACAUGAAGGGAUAUCUAAGUGACGAUGUGACCGUUAUCACACGCUUCGUGAAGGGAGACGACAACUGGCUAUCCCCUGUCAACAAGCAGAACUUGCCUGCUAAUUCCAGCGGGAUUUUUGCCACUCUGGAGUAUUCUUGGAUUCCAAGCUACAAGAACUAUACUCUUCAGUGGUUCUACCAAGACGUUGUCAAGCAGUUCAUUCCAACCUUUGGCGAGAAGCACAACGUCCGGCCUCACUGGAACAAGAUGAUAUUCAACAAUGAGACUUAUGCUUCAACCAUUUACCCUAAGAUCAACUCCUGGCUCGAUAUCCAAGAAAAGAUGGACCCAGCCUGUCAAAUUGUCAACAACUUCCUGGUCGAAUCUCUUGGAAUCGACCGAUGCAAGAGUCUUUUCUGA